GCGACCCUCAAAGUUUGAUGUCUCGUUCGCCAACCAGAAUUUCAACGGCCGUCAAUCAAAGAACUAGAAUCAAUAAUGUUCAAUAAUUUCUUUUAAAGAACUCCGCGUUAGUCGCUGUGAACCUUAAAUCUGACACCUUCAAUUCGACGUCUAAAUCAGGUUGCCACAUUUAACUUAUCUAGUCGGAUUGAAUUGAAAUUGGAAUCGAAUUCAGCACAUGUAAAAUGUGAGGUUAAACUAAUUCAUACACACGAAUGGCUCCAUGGCAACAAUUGUUUAUGCUUUUGGUUUCUUAGCAACGUCUUUGUUUAUACCUUCCUUGAAUGCGUAACGAUCACUUUCACUUUUCAUGAUCACUUUCUAAUCAGACAGCUUAACUGCAUCGUAUCUCAAUGAAUCUCGAAUACCUUUUCAACUUAAAGCGAAAACCAAGACGAAAAAUUAUAAAGUGGCUUCGCCAUAGGUCGCUGUUACCAGAUCCCCUAUAUUGUGGAACCUGCAAUGAAAACAUGGUCCUCGAUAAACGAAGGGAAAGCCAUAUCGAUGGAUAUAGUUGGUAAGAAUGACAAGAUAGAUAAUAAUAUUUGAUAAGAUAGAUUCUCAUUUAACAGCUUGUGAAAUCUAUGUUCUCUCCUAAACUGUCCUUCGCUUUUUCUCUUAUGUCUAGGAGGUGUCCAUAUUGUUCGAAAAGAAGAUCUCUUAGAACAAACAGUAUCUUUGCAGCCUUUUCCAAAAUCUCUUUGGGAAACUUGAUGAUUCUGAUGUUUUUCUGGAGUCAAGAUGCCAGUCAAAAACAUGCUUCCAGAGCUAUUGGGCUAAGUGCUAAUGUCACUUCAAAAUUUUACAGAAUGCUGCAAGAUCUUUGCUCUCAAUAUUUGGAGAGAUAUCCAAUCCAGCCGUUUGGUGGUCCCAACUGCAUUGUUCAAUGCGAUGAAAGCAAGUUUAACCUUAAGCCCAAGUAUAACAGAGGACGUCGACGAAAAGAAAUUUGGGUUUUUGGCGUGAUAACCACAGAAUUCGAACCGGCAAGAGGRYAUUAUCAAGUGGUUGCAAACAGAAGCCGACAAACACUUGUACCGAUCCUCGAUAGGUGCCUCAAGCCUGGAAGUGAGGUACAUACGGAUGACUGGGGUGCUUACGAGCAGUUAAAACUCAAUCUCGCCAAUAAAGUAACAACCCACAGAGUCGUCAACCACUCAUGUACAUAAUUGGC